CAAGUUGCCAAUGGGCUUGUUGACCAAAGACGAACAUCCACAUCUCCACAAGCUUGGUCUCCAUAAUCUACAUCUUCCUCAAGUCUUGCGCUGCAGAUCAGAACCUAGCUUGAAGCGCCUACCUCCUCAACAAUCAAUCCAACAUGUCUGCCGAUCAAGCCCAACUACGGACACAAGCUUUGGAAGCAUAUCGAAAGAAAUUAAAAGACCAUGAGAGAUGCGCCGAAAGUUUGAAGCGCUUACGUUUCUCGCUGAGGUCAUUGGAACAAGAAUACGAUAAAUCGGAGGAGGAUAUUAAGGCACUUCAAUCGGUCGGACAAAUCAUCGGGGAAGUAUUGAAAGCGUUGGAUGAUGAGCGCUUUAUCGUAAAAGCAUCCAGUGGACCGCGUUAUGUAGUGGGUUGUCGAGCCGCAGUCCCGAAAGACAAGUUGAAGAACGGUGUUCGAGUUUCAUUGGACAUGACUACAUUAACGAUCAUGAGGAUCUUGCCGAGAGAAGUUGAUCCUAUGGUUUAUAACAUGUCGACCGAAGACCCCGGAUCGGCCUCGUUUGCGGGGAUCGGCGGUCUGUCAGACCAAAUUCGGGAGCUGAGAGAGGUCAUCGAGCUACCACUGUUGAACCCGGAAUUGUUCCUUCGAGUCGGUAUCAAACCUCCAAAGGGUGUCCUACUCUAUGGUCCCCCUGGUACCGGAAAAACAUUACUGGCAAAAGCCGUCGCCAACACGCUAUCCACUAAUUUCCUCAAAGUUGUCAGUUCGGCUAUAGUUGACAAGUAUAUCGGUGAAUCAGCACGUUUGAUCCGUGAAAUGUUUGCAUAUGCCAAAGAGCACGAGCCGUGUAUCAUUUUCAUGGACGAGAUUGAUGCUAUAGGAGGUCGGAGAUUCAGCGAGGGAACCAGUGCUGAUCGCGAAAUCCAGCGGACAUUGAUGGAGCUCCUUAACCAAAUGGAUGGUUUUGAUUAUCUCGGACAAACAAAAAUCAUCAUGGCUACCAACCGACCGGACACACUGGAUCCUGCUCUAAUGAGGCCAGGAAGGUUGGAUCGAAAGAUUGAGAUUCCCCUGCCGAACGAAGUAGCCCGGAUGGAGAUCCUCAAGAUCCACGCAACCCCAAUUCAAAAGCAAGGAGAAAUCGAUUAUGAAUCGAUUGUGAAGUUGGCUGAGGGUUUCAAUGGAGCUGACUUGAGGAAUGUGUGCACCGAAGCUGGAAUGUUCGCCAUUAGAGAUGACAGAGAUUAUAUUGUCCAGGAUGACCUGAACAAAGCCGUGCGAAAGAUCCAGGAGUCGAAGAAACACGAGACAAAGAUGGAAUAUGGAGAUGUGUAAUUGUUAUUUCCAACUUGUUUUUGUAGCACCUUUGUUUGUUUGUUGUUUUCUUUAAUGGAAGAAGAAAAAAAACACAUCAUUUUUUUAGGUUCAAAUUGAAAUCUGUUUCCAGCAAUUGUUAUUAAUAGGCUGUGUUAUCUGGGUCAUCACACUUGAGAGGUUGGA